AUGGGAUCGGUGAUCUCAGUCAUUUGGGAAAUGCAUGAUACUCUCCUUUACUUUUAUCGCCUGUUGGUCUUGACUCUCCUGUUUCUGGGGGUUUUGCAUUCUGGGUAUAUUGUCCGCCAGUGUGAAGUCUCCGGUCUUCCAAAAAUUCCACCCGCCCGCCCCCGGUCCCUACCACGACAGGGACCCAUGGGAUCUCCGGAAGGAUCCUUGAGUUGGGUAAUGUUUCCUAUGCACUUCGUAACGCGAUGA